GGGGUGCGUAUUUUCACAAUGACGGAAGCAACGAGCAAGCGAAUGUACGAUGUGAGCGACCCAAGUCCCCAAGUGCUGCAUGCCACCCAAUUAGCGCAGAACGGCCCGAAGAGGCAGGUGCUAUGUCUUGAGGAUAUGGACGACUGGGUUCGCUCGCAGGCCUACAAAGAUACGAUUGCUUACAUCAACAACACCAGUAUGGCCAUACAGGGCAAGAAAUUGAGCAGCGAAUUCCCAGUGUCGGAGAAGGUUCGUAGACUGUGCGAUAUUUUCGACGGCCUGGAGAUACUCCUCUCCGAGAAUACACCCAAGUUUGAAAGCGCUCAUUCUUGGCUCACGGCCCAGCAGGGCAAUGCUAACGCCUACCGCAACUGGAUGCGCCUAAUGCAUCAGUUCGUUUUCUCGGUCCUUGACGAGGCAGUACAGCCGGAGUGCAAGCACAUCAACGAACUGGGACAGUACUUGCGGCGCUCCUUUGGCUGCUCGAGCAGCCUGGAGUUUGGUCCCGGCAACGAGCUAAUGUUCUUGUUCUUCCUUUGCGGUCUGUUCAGGGCUGGCAUCCUAUUCGCUGAUGAUACGGUAGCCGCGGCCCUGCUGCUCUUCCACCGCUACAUCCGGCUGGUGCGCCGCCUGAUCCUGACCUACUCGCUGUCGCUAACAAAGGACUCAAGGUUCUCGAUGGACGACUACUACGUGAUUCCCUAUAUUUGGGGAUCAGCCCAGCUUUCGUUGGAUGCGCCGUUCUCCCCGAUGGAGAGCGAGAUGCAGCUGAUAAUGGAGGCUCAUCGGCAAGACUACAUGUUGCUAGAGGUCAUCGACCACCUGCGGAAGACUCGAGGGCUCCAGCUGAACCAGGUGGCCUUUCAGCUGUGGUGCAUUCUGUCGGUACCAACCUGGCCGGAGGUCUACGGGGCAAUCGAGCGCGCCUACGUGUCGAACGUGCUCUCCUCAUUCGAAACAGUUGAGAACGCGAUUUUUUGUGAACUCAUGUCUUUUCAAAGCGUGUCGUCGGUGAGCAUGGUGCCGCGUGCUUAUCUGGGGAAUCGAUACUCUGAAGAUCGUCGGAGUUCGAUGCGUCAUCAAGAGCAGGCAGACGACUCCGAGCAGAAGCCAGAUACCAAUAAGAAAUUGGCACCGCCAGUCCACAAGUGUGUGAGCAUGCAGCCCAGCUUGUUCUUUAGCUUUUCCGAUAAGAAGUCCACUGAUGCGGACAGCAAUGAUGACGAGCACGAUCCUUUGUGGAUAGUCCGCCGCCGCAAUGACCAGGAGGAGGAGUCAGAUACGAGUACAACCGUUUUUUUUACGGAUGCGAUGAUUAUCAACGAUGGUCCAACGUCCUCAUCGUCCUCUAGUACGGCCAAAUAAGCCAAAUAAAAUCAUUAGCCGACCAAAGGAAUUAAUAUAUAUUUUUGUUAUACGUUACACAUGU